AACAAUAUCGAACUUACAUUUGCUGAGGAAGCCACGAUGGAAAAAUCUUUAUUAAGCAAUGCUGAUGUGAUUUGCGGUACGCUUAGUACUUGCGGCAAUAACCGUAUUAUUAGCAAACUUGCUGUCGAACGAUUCAGUUGUAUUAUAAUUGAUGAAGCAUCGCAAUGUUGUGAAUUGGACAGUCUGAUACCCCUUCAGUACAACUGUUGCAAGCUGAUCCUUAUUGGGGACACAGAACAACUGUCCCCUACCAUUAUAUCUCAGCUUGCUUUGGAGUAUAACUAUGGCCAGUCCCUGUUUGAGCGUCUCUGUAAACACUAUAAGUAUAAAGAUAAAAAUUCUGUGAUUAUGUUGAACGUCCAGUAUCGGAUGCAUCCAGAUAUCUGCAAGUUUCCGAAUCGUUACAUUUACAACAACCAACUGAUAACUGACAGUGUCUUAGAGGCCCGCAGUUCCAAUAUCCCGGUUGUCCCAUAUUUAUUAUUCGAUGCACAGUUUGGAUCUCAUGUUCGCUCUACAAAUUCCGGGUCGCUAAGCAAUCGAUUGGAAGCUGACUUCACUGUGUGUCUAUGUGAAUGCCUUAGCAAUGUGCAGGUGGUGAGAACCUUGCUCAAGGUUGCUGUUAUUGCUCCGUAUAAGGAGCAGAAGAAGUUAUUGGAGUGCCUUCUUACUGAACGGUAGGUGGUGUUAUUACCAUU